AUGGCUCUAAGUGACUGGAAUGACAACGACAAGGAAGAGACCCAGCUGGGUGCUCACCCACUGGGCCCAGCGCAAACUGGAGACCAUGAGCAUGAUCAUGACCUCGCGCCUCUGACGACCACAACGGAGCGCAAGCUGAUGGCCAAAAUCGACUGGCACAUUCUGCCAUGCCUGUGUGUCUUGUACCUCCUGGCCUUUUUGGAUCGUGUCAACAUCAGUAAUGCUGCGAUCUUGGGCCUGAAGACGGAGCUGGGCCUUGAGACUGGCACAAAAUACAACACGGCAUUGACCAUCUUCUUCGUCCCAUACAUUCUCCUGGAGAUCCCAUCCAAUAUCCUGCUCAAGAAAUUCAAGCCACAUGUUUGGUUGUCACUUUGUAUGUUUGGUUUCGGCCUGGUAAUGAUCUUCCAGGGUUUGGUGAGCAGCUGGGGUGGGCUAAUGACCACUCGAUUCUUCCUCGGUGUCUUUGAGACUGGCAUGUUCCCAGGAUGCUUCUAUCUCAUGGGCAUGUGGUACAAACGCAGUGAAGCCCAGAAGCGAUUCAGUUUCUUUUUCAGCUCGACCACUCUUGCUGGUGCAUUUGGCGGACUGUUAGCAUAUGGUCUAGGUCAAAUGAGUGGUGUGCGGGGUUAUCUGGGCUGGCGUUGGGUAUUCAUCAUCGAAGGCAUAAUCACUUGUGUGGUCUCCAUUGCUUGGUUCUUUCUACUGCCCGACUUUCCUGAAGAUGUGAAAUGGCUGAGUGAGGAGGAACGUGAGUUUGUUCGCGCGAAGCUGGCCAAGGACGUUGGCAAAUCAGCCCAUCAUGUUAAGAUGGGUACACGCGAAGUUAUCGGUGUCCUCAAGGAUUACAAGGUUAUCAUCGGAGGCUUCAUGUACUUUGGCCUCAUUGUUCCUGCCUACGGAUAUGCGUACUUCGCACCUUCCAUCAUCCAGAGUUAUGGCUACAGCGCGGUCAAAACCCAACUCUACUCCAUUCCUCCUUGGGCAGCGGCCUUCGGUUUCUCAAUGGUGAUUGCCUAUUUCUCUGACAGAUUGAGGUUUCGAUUUGCCUUCACUGUAAUUCCGAUUCUCUGUGCUAUUGCUGGGUUUUCCAUGCUGCUCACGAUCCAUGGCAAGGAGAACAAGGCUGCUCAGUAUGGUGCUCUGUUCCUGGUUACAUGUGGGGCCUACAGUGCCAUGCCAGUCAUUGUCUGUUGGUUUGCUAUGAACCUGGGUGGUCACCACCGCCGCAGUGUGGGCUCCGCAUGGCAGGUUGGCUUCGGCAACAUUGGUGGUAUUAUUGCCACCUACUCCUUCGUCAGCAAAGAUGCACCAGACUACAAGCCGGGUUACAGUAUCUGCAUAUCCUUCUGUUGCCUGUCAAUCCUGGCCUGUGUUAUGUACCUCCUUGCACUGAUUCACGAGAACCGGAAGCGUGAAAAGACCGCUUCCGAGCAGAACUCGAUUGACGAGGAAGAAGAGGAGUACCUCGGCGAUUUGGCUCCCACCUACCGAUACCAACUCUAG